UUCACCCUGCAGAAAGCGCCGCGGAUACGGCUGCCAUCUGACUGAACAUUCGCUUGUUUGUUUUCCAGUCCACUUUUGUCCAACGUUCGAGACCGGCCAUACGGUGUGAUGCUCGACAAUGUCCAGGUCCAUUCCGUGCUAUCGACACGAUUGAGCCACAUUUCGAUGCAUAUGUGAAGCUUGUUCAGUACGACCAGACGCCUUUGAGGGAGGAAUGUCACAGCUGCACAAGGGAUGCUCUGCAAGUAGACUGUAUCUGCUUAGAAUGGUCUGACAACGAGUGUUUGCAAUCGAGCUGAUGUGUGUAAAAUACGGAGAGACCAUCUCUGUCCUAAAUUUGGAGGAUCUGCGAGGAUUUCGGGCUGAGGUGCAACAUCGCGGGGCAUUUGUGUAUUUUGACCGACUGUAGCUCUCUCCGAUUAGAAGAGUCAGAGCUCUAAAUGCGAUCAUGAGGUUUCUAAAAGACAUCUAGCAUAAAGUCCGAUGUAUGUACUAUACUAUUAUCAAUACUACAACAUUGGACAACAGAAGAGAGCUUCGCUGCAUAUGAAAAAUUCGGCGCCUUAAUGUCAACACAACCCCUGCCUCCGACCAUCCGACCAUCCCAAAAGUGUGGUGCUGAAAGGAUAGCUCACGUCGUUUCGGGAUCCGACUGAUAUCAGCCGAGACCUUUGUUACUUGUAUUCACAGGACAGCUGUUUCUCUGAAUGGAUUAUUGUUUGAUUUGACUGCGUCAGCCUGGCUGCUAUCGGGGGCUCAUAUGGCUGUGGCACGCAAAAUCAAAACUUUGCUGACGGUUAACAUUUUGGUGUUUGUUGGUAUCAUAUUGUUCUCCGUCUACUGCAGGAUCCAAGACCGAUCCGAAGAGCUCGUCCAAGUCGGGCGAAUUUCGGAGCAAAGGUUAAGGACCAGGAAUGGCAAAGUUGUUACGAACUUGGUGGACAGACAGUCUAUCAUACAAAGACUCGAGAGACUUGAAGACGUGGUGUACAAUCAAUUAAAUGGUCUGGCUAAGCCCAUGGGGCUGGUGGAGGGUCCAGGAGGCCUGGGACAGGGAGGGGCAGCGGCCACUCUGGGGGAGGACAGUCGAGAGAUGGAGGGGAAGUACGAGGAGUACGGCUACAACGCCCAGCUCAGCGACCGCAUCUCCCUGGACAGGUCCAUCCCAGACUACAGGCCAAAAAAAUGCAAGCCCCUGAGCUACCCAGAUGAUCUUCCUCAGAUUUCUGUGGUGUUCAUUUUUGUGAACGAGGCCUUGUCAGUCAUCCUACGGUCUGUCCACAGCGUAGUUAACCAUACACCAGCUCAUCUCCUCAAAGAAAUCAUUUUGGUGGAUGACAACAGCGACAGCGUGGAGUUGAAGUUCAAUCUGGACCAGUACGUUAACAAACGCUACCCAGGCCUAGUGAAGAUUGUGAGGAACAGCAAGCGCGAGGGCUUGAUUCGCGCCAGGAUCCAGGGAUGGAACGUUGCCACCGCUCCCAUCGUGGGCUUCUUCGACGCACACGUGGAGUUCAACACUGCCUGGGCUGAACCCAUCCUGACUCGGGUGAAGGAAGAUCACACGAGGAUUAUCCUCCCGGCCAUCGAUAACAUCAAGUACAACACGUUCGAGGUGCAGCAGUACGCCAACGCGGCACACGGCUACAACUGGGGCCUGUGGUGCAUGUACAUCAUCCCGCCGCAGGACUGGCUCGACAAGGGCGACGAAACCGCCCCCAUCAGGACACCAGCAAUGAUUGGCUGCUCCUUCGUGGUGGACAGAGAAUACUUUGGGGAAAUCGGCCUGCUUGAUCCAGGCAUGGAGGUCUAUGGGGGUGAAAAUAUUGAGCUCGGCAUGAGGGUAUGGCAGUGUGGAGGGAGUAUGGAAGUCCUGCCCUGUGCUCGUGUGGCCCAUAUCGAACGCACCAAGAAGCCAUAUAAUAACGACAUUGACUACUAUGCCAAAAGGAACGCUCUGAGGGCCGCAGAGGUCUGGAUGGAUGAGUACAAGUCACACGUCUACAUGGCCUGGAACAUACCAAUGAAUAACCCAGGGGUGGAUUUCGGGGACGUGUCGGAGCGGAUGGCCUUGAGGAAGAAGCUCAAAUGCCGAAGCUUCCGCUGGUACUUGGAGCACGUGUAUCCUGAGAUGAGAAUCUACAACAACACAAUUACCUAUGGGGAGGUGAGAAACAGUAAAGCGAGUGGAUAUUGCUUGGACCAGGGAUCUGAAGAUGACGACAAGGCCAUACUUUACCCUUGCCAUGGCAUGUCCUCUCAGUUGGCGCGGUACUCCACUGAAGGCCUGCUGCAGCUGGGGCCGCUGGGAUCCACCACCUUCCUGCCCGACACCAAGUGUCUGGUGGACGACGGGAGGAGCCGCACUCCAAGUCUGAAGAAAUGUGACGCCGUGUCUCGCACCUCCCAGCGACUGUGGGAUUUCACACAGAAUGGCCCUAUCAUAAGCAGAGAUACUGGACGUUGUCUGGAAGUAGAAAUGGCCAAAGAUGCCAACUUCGGCUUGCGGCUAGUGGUCCAGCGAUGCUCUGGACAGAAGUGGAUGAUCCGCAACUGGAUUAAGCAUCCAAGACACUGAGUGGUCAUCCCCAAGAAGAACAUUGUUGAUGACAUUAUCACGAACAAUAAUGAACCUCUGAUUUUUCUCCUGUUUUUUAAAGACACACUAUGAAUGAUUGACUCAAAUGAAGAAUGUGUGUGGAUCUCCACAGACUACAAACACUACUUUGCCUGAGACAAAGUGCUUUUGAAAGACUGAGUCUAAAACGCGAUCAAUAAACACAUUUUCAAAGGCGCCACGGGUCCCACAGAGGUGGAUCAGAGUGCAAACAGCAGGUUUUUGCCAUGCGCAACCUUUCUUAUGCUCACCUGCAAGACAUGCAAAGUGCAAACAGAUGAAAGGUUGGACUUGUGUUUUACAGGCUUCUAUUGAAUUGUGUUAGGGCCGUGUGCGUGCUGUGAUCACAAGGGCCAUGUCAAGGUGGGUUUUUAAGAAAAAAGAAAAAAGAAAACUCUGUUAAGUCACCAUGUCAACUAUAAAUAAAAAAAAUCAUCUGGAGAGUCAACUAUAUCCGAAGUGCUAACAUGAAGAUAAUCCUAUCAAGAUCCAGCUCCCUCGAGAUUGAAACUAGUAGCCUCUUCUCUUUUUUGUUCUUUUCAUUGUUUCUUUUUUUAUUUUCCUGACUUUAUUGCUUAUGCACAGAUGAGAAUCAUAUAUGGUCACCGGUGGAAUCAUGUGCCUUUUUCAGUCAUUAUGCUACAUUUGACUGGGGAAUGUGAACCCCUUAAGCAUGUACAAUACUUUUAAAUUAAUUAAAUCUGAAUAUAAAUAUAAAUAAAUGUAAAGAUGUCUUAUAAUAGUAUGUUGUAAAACUUAAGCGGUUAUCAGUACCUCAGUAAUAAUAAUGACAAUAAAAAAAGAACGUUUUUAUGCUUUAGAUGACAUUG